AUGGAGCAGAAGGAACCAAGGGGUCCGGCACAGACUUCCGUGCCACGGACAUUCUGGUUUGUAAGAAGCCCUUGUCGUCUGCUGGCGUAUCUGUUCCAGUUCCUUCGCAAGUUCUUCCCCUGGGCUCGCCUCGCCAUCCCUGUGCGGACCCCCACGGCCAAAGGAUCCCUGGCACAGUCUCCGGACCGACCCGUGCGCCGCCCCAAGAAGCGGCUGGGAACCGUAGCGCACGUCAUCCUUGCCUUUGCCCCUCUGAGGUUCCAGCGUGCUUUCGGAUAUCUGACCGUCAUGGAACGGGAUUUGGUCCCCAAAGAGACAUUGGACGCCCCCGUCCACCCAUCGGGCAAAGGGAACAAAAGGAAAAAGGACGAUGUUACUCUAGAGGAGGAACUCUGCUGGGCUGAGCUUCUCCAGAAAGAAUUACCGGAUGAAGAUGAUACCGAGGACCCGACUUAUGAGUUUACCGUCUCUGAGACGGACAGCGAAGAAUACAAAUCUCAGAACGACACCGAUGUCAAUUUGGAGGUGGAGGAGAAAGAUGGAUUCUUGAUGCUGAAGGAAGACCCAGCUCAGCAGGAGGACCCAAAGAAGGAAUUUGGGGCUGGGGAGGAGGCCCUGGACCCCCGCUGCUCCGGGGACGGGAGUGAGCAGCCAGACGAGGAGGUGCCUGACGAUGGCGGGGACAACCCGGGUGCGAAUCCCACCAGCCCUGCUCCACCGGAGAGCACACUGCUCCUGCCGUCCCGCGACCCCAGUGCUGAGAUGACCUCCAGUGACAACUCCCAGGACCAAUGGGUGAAUGUGAGCGGCGAAUAACAGCAACUGUCUCCUCUCCUGGCUGAGAUUGGCACUGCAACAUAGCGAGGUGAAACUUUCCAACGGUCUGCCGCCUUCUAG